AUGUGCAGGAGAAGCGAUCUUAUUGGUGGCACAGCUCGUUGGAGGUUAGCUGCUUCCCAACAAAGCGGAGCUGGUCCGCAGCAAACGGCAGCUAGCUAUGCGCCCAUGGGUGGCAAUAGGCAAGCGAACGGCACUAAUGGGUUGGAUACUCCUGGUCCUGAUCGACUGGACUGGGAGCGACAGUUCUUCGAUGAUACCGAGGCUACAGUGAGUAAAAAUUCUGAGUCUCAAGUAACGAAUUUUUACUGUUUUUUCUCGAAUUAUUGUGUAAUAACAGCUUCAGAUUAAUG